CGGCUCACUCACCUUCCUCAGUCCCACGAGAGGAGGAAGAUGGAUAAUUGAGAGAGCACGGAGAAUAAAAGAGUGGUAAAAAGCAGUUAUCGCCCCUAACUUUGGACGAGUAAGGCCCUAAGAUGCCUAAAAGUGAUACCUGGCCAGGUGGCGUUGGAUUAGAGAAGAUGACUAGCAUGGACAGUGCUGGAAGCUGUGACAGCGUCGUCAGCGCCAACUCUGGCUAUAGUGAUGACAGCAUGGAGCACCUGUCUGCUGAAGAGAAGGCCUGCCUCAUGUUUUUGGAGGAGACCAUUGAGUCUUUGGACACCGAGGAGGAUAGUGGACUGUCCAAUGAUGAGCCUGACCAACUGCCCAGUCCUGGCAACCUCGCUACCAAACUGGCCGACCUUUCAGCUUCCAUGAACAAAAGCAAGCUUACCAAUUCACCUAAACACACCUCCGCAGACCCCAUGAUGGGAAAUGGUGACGUCAAGAUGAUGCAAAGCUACCUUGUUCCCACACCUCUCGUUAUGGCCAGCAGCUCUCCGUGUCCUGAGCACCGUGCUAAUCCAGGUGUCCCCACUGACAGAAACGUCACCUCUAAAUCUCACGUCACACCUUCAAGCAAAGAACUUGGUCACAAGCACAACCAGAAACCUGUUCCUCCACAAGUACCUUUGGAGGUUAAUGUUGUGAUAUCUCCUCCCAACAAGCCCAGGGACUGCCCAGUUAAGACGCCUGAAGCUCCUUUAAACCGAGGCCCUCUGUCCUACGAGGCGCUUUUUUACCUUCGAAGGAGCGCCUCAACAAAGAAGACACCUUUAUGUCCCACGAUUGAUCAUACUAUCGAAUCAGACAAGCGACGCCCUAUCACAGUGGACGACCAAAACCAUGGCAAUCCUCCAAAGUCUGUCAGAUUCCACCCUGAUGUCCCCAUCCCUAAGGCGAGCCCUCCAGUGGUGGCCCCCAAACCCAAGAAGAUUCCCGUCAACAUAUGUGCAAAAACCCAGAAACAAGACUCCAUAAAAGACUCUUUAUACAACAUCAAGCAUGCAACAGAUCCGAAGGUGGUGAGGAUGGAAGCUUUGCAGAAACUAGGCCUACUUAAGGACGAAGAGCAAGAAAAUGCAACUCUGGCACUCCCUAACUAUUACUCUUCUAUGGACCACACAUGUAACGGAUUUACAGAAGGUCCAUCCCCAUCAAGGAACCCGUCGUUCUCUCAUUCUCAAGUCCGUGUAGAGCCCAAGACUAAGCCUCUACAGAGUAGUGCCAGUUUCCAUCACUACUCCAGAAGUGAACAACAGCCUGUGUUUGUCUCAAAUCCAACUCAAUCCAAUGGAGUGGGGUCAGCUAGUCUGGUGCGCUCUAAUACCCUGGGCAACCACAGGAACGGUGGAAACUGUCCUGAACUGCAACACAACACAACCAAGAAGCCUGUGAACACUGCUGCAGUCCAGCAAGGGCCCAACAAAUCCUCCAGCACGGUCCCGUACACAGUGAUGAUGGUGCCUGGGAUGGGAGCUGAUCGAAGGGAAGCACUAAGAAAGCUUGGACUGCUCAAAAUCUAAAACAGAUAAACAGCAGAAGUCCGCCAGCUCAGAAGGAGCUUAAGAAUGCCGUCAGAUUAAGCGUCAGGGCAUUAAGGGGGAACUUGGCACUCUGCACCUUGGUAAACAGAAGUAGAAGACAAUGAUGAUGGGCCAUACCAGCACUUGUAAUAUAGGUCGAGGUUACCUGCUUACAUCAGGGCAUGUUUUCAAACCAAAGCUGACUCUAGGACUCUGACUGGCACUUUACACAUUUAAACCUCCACACAUUAAACAAAGAUGGUAUCUGAAUUUAUUUCAUCUGAUCAGGAUUUGUCAUAUGUGUCACAAGAAAGGUGUAUAUAUGAGAAACUGAUCUUUCCUGACUGGACAACAUGUCUCCACCUCCUGGCGGAUGUCUUGACCUUCAGCCAGUCAGUCAGUAAGGAGGAGCUUUGAAUGUUUUGGCUUCACUUUUGCACAGCCAUCAUGUGAUUCAUCUUUUUAUGCAGUUUAUUUUGUUUACACACUUUCUGAACCUAUUGGCUUUCGUCAGAUGAUAUUGAGUCAUGUAGCCUUAGGUAGCAAAAACACAUUUUUUGGGACUCUUGGCGUAGCAAGAGUUACCCAAAAACCAUGAAGGACAUCCGAGGCUAAGACUUCCUCUCUUUGUGCUGCGUAUUAUUUACAGUCUAGCUAGCAAUGUCAGAAAUGAGAAUAGAGUAAGAGUCGAGAAAUUACGUCUACAACUGGAUUGGUAGCUGCACUGGCGUAGAUACAUGCUUAUAUUGACAAACCCUAAAACACUAAUGAUAGUCAGUGGACUGUGGCUGAUGUGUUCUGCCUCUUUAGCUCUCAAUUCAGACUUUUUAGCCCAUGUAAACACUUCUGGUCAUUACUAACUGGAUUACAAAUAAAAACCACAAUACUUCAGACACUAGAUUCACUUUAUCACUGAUGUAAUCGUUCGCAAAAUCUGCACUGUAAGUAACAAGCUGCUCGUCAAUGCUUCUACUUCCAAGAUAAUGUGAACCCAAAUCCCCUGUUCUUUCACUUAGGUCAUUUUCAAACAUGAACUCUGGUCCCAGGUAAUGUCCGGACAAGCCCUUUCACACAUGCAGCUCAAAGCAAGAGAUUAUCCGUGUCUGACGCUCACUAAUCUUCUGGAUGUAUCCGGUUUGGUUUGGCUGAAAGGUGGAGUCUGAGAAGAGGAGGAGGAGGAGAAAGUUUAAUCUGUAAUGAUUACUUGUUGGUGUUUCGGGGCUAUCUACAACAUGAAGUUAAGAGGGGAAAGCAAUAUCAACAAUUCUACACUCACACACUCGGACAUUACACAGACUUUGUACAGAGGUGAUGGUUCAGAUUUGAGAUAAUUUGGACAUUUGUGUUCCUGAGUGCAGCACAUAAAGAGGCUCAACUGUUUUUGAUUGUUUCAUUAUUCACAAAUGUGCCUGUAAGUGAAGAGUUGAGUAUAAAUCUUGGAACCAAUCUUUAAAAAUAAAGAGAAUUGUGUGCAGAGUGUGAUCAUUGUAAAGCUUUUAGCGGUUUUGGUGUAACGUUGAUGUUUUCUAAUCUUACGUAGCUGUCAUUUGUUGAGAUCUGCUGUAUUAACAGCUCACUGAUUGUGUUUCUGUUAUUAUUUUACACUGUAAAAAUGUUGUAGGUCGUUUGAAAAGUGUGUGAGAAAUGCCUUCAGUGUCUGAGAUUUGAGAUUAUUAUAUAGGAUGAAAAUCAGCGACAAUGGGGUUAUUUUUUACCUACAGUCAACCUGUUGCUUUAAGUCAUGUGGAAAUAAAUAAAUCUGGAUUUUA